CAUUGAUGGAGUUUUAUUUUUUUUCCGUUCAUAUUUUAUUUUACUUAUAGAAGGGAAAGAGAUUCGCUUCCGAAGAUGGGGGGAAGUUUAUAAAAGUUUGUAGUUUUCUGAAAAGUUAAUAAUUCCCCAUUAGCCUGAUUCCAUCGUCUCUGGACUUCCUUAUCUUGUCUGUGGGACAUUCAAGUAAUUUGUUUUCCCAUUCCUUGUCGCACAAAGAAACCCUUUUGGGGAUCUGUGUCGCUGGGACUUGGGAGGCAGGGAGAAAUUUCUGGAAUCCCUCAAAAAGAUAGAAGAUUCUGGAAAAGUCUUGGGAGGACAAGAGAAAGCCUGAAAGACUUCCAAGAUGACCAAGGUGCCAGCCACCAAAAAGAUGCACAGUUCCCCCAGCUCCGGGGCCAUGUGGACCUGUUAUGACUCAGAACCUCAGACCCAGGCCCCAGACAAGCCAAUGAGGAACAUCAAGUAUAUGGAAAAGGAAAUAAUAAACCUCAAAAAAGACCUCAGGCGAAGCCGGGGUCUGAUCCAGUUGGUGAGGAUCGGCCACAGUUACUUCACCAUCCUGCGAGACGAGAGCGCCAGGAAGAAGGGGCAGCAGCAACUCCAGAAGCUGGAAGAGGAAGAGAGAAACAGGUUCCAGCCAGCCAAGAAGUCCUCGGAAAUCCAAUUAGGGGACUCCUUGCUGGUCGCCUACGAGGAGAAGAAGCCGGGCCCCAUCGCCGUGCUCCGCCCGUUCAACCCCGUGCACAGCUGCCUCUUCUCGCCGCUGCUGUCCGAGGCCCACAUCGAGCCCAUCUUUCGCCAGCUGUGCGCCCUGCACUGGCUUCUGGAGGCCCUGACCAUCGACCACACCCACCACGCCAUGAAGCCGGUGAUCACCUGCUGGAACCCCAAGGACCCGGGAGGAAGCAAGAGCUCAAUAAAAAGGAUCAAUAAGGACAAGUCCAUGGGACAGCGGUGGGAACACUUCGUCACGGCGCCAAAGACCAAGAAAUUCAAAAUCCCCGUCAUCAGGGCCACCAGCCGGAGGCUGAGCCGGCGAGGCUCCACCGUCAGCCUGUCGCGGACCAGCGGGGGCUCCUCCCCGCAGAGCAGCAUGAUCUCCGUGAACCCCGGCUCCGACGAGCCCCAGAGCGUCAUCACCCAGGUGACCGGCAGCAGGGACAUCGAGGACAACGAGUCCUCCUCCACCAAGCCCGACGAGGAACCCCUGCACAUCAACCUGCAGAAGCUCCUGGAGAUGGUUCGGGAAGACGCCCGGAGGACAGUCAUGAUGGAAAAUGGGAUGCAGAGGAAAGCCCCCAGCAUCUUGUCGGUGCUCAGACAGGCCAAGAGCGACUCCGCCUGCAAGGAGGGGCAGGCCACCCACAAGUCCAGUGAGAGAUCCAGCACCACCAGCGGAGAGAGCCACACCCAGGUGGUCCAGAAGAAGUCCAAGGGCCGCGCCACCCGGGACAUCAUUCUCUGCAAAAGCGGCAUCUGCAGCAGCAUGCGGGCCAAGUUCUACAGCGUGGCGCAGGAGGCCGGCUUCUGCCUGCAGGACAAGGUGGAGAUCCUCGUGAAGCGCCAAGAAGAGAGAGGACUCCAGAAGUUCAAUUCUUUUGGCCGCGUCUCCACUUUCCAAAAGGACGUGGCCAAGAUGCGACAUCAAGUCUCUGUGGGCAAAGGAGACGCAGAAGAAAUUGCAGACCACUGGUACUUUGAUCUGUUGACCAAACUCCCGGAGGAUCUGAAGAGCUUCCGCCCUGCCAAAAAGAUCCUGGCGAAACUGCAGAAGUUUGGGGAGAACCUGGACCUCAGAAUCCGACCCCACGUCCUCCUGAAGGUGUUACAGGAUCUGAGGAUCUGGGAACUGUGCUCCCCAGACAUCGCGGUGGCUAUCGAGUUUGUGCGAGAACACAUCGUCCAUAUGCCUCAGGAAGAUUACAUCAACUGGCUGCAGGGCCGGGUCAACCUACCCAUCCGGACCCAGAGCGCCCUGACGUAGUCUAGGUCUGCAGUGACCAACUGUCCCAGCGUCCAAGGUCAAGCCAAAGCUAUGUCCCUACAUCCCACCUCUGUUCUUGCUUCCUGCCUGCUCUCACGCAGUAAGAUCAUCAGAAGACUGACCGCUGAAAACGUUCUAGAGAGAGAUUCCAGGUGGUCCUCUUGCCAACCCCACCCCCCCCCAGCCCCAACCUCCGGGUCUCUGUUCAUCGGUCCAGUCUGACUCUAUCUACUACUUCUCCAGAUUCCUUCCCCCUAUUCCUUUUCUACAAAUUUGGGAUAAUAAAAUUGAGCUGGG